AUGGCUCCUGUUGGUGCUCGUUGCCUGGGGUGCGCCCUUUUUGCCGCCGCCUUGUCCGGCAUCUCGGCGUUCAUUGCUCCCACCGCCUCGCAGCUCCAGGGAAUCACAGCGCUCGGACGCCGGCAUCAUGAUGGGCGGUCACAUCAACCCACUCAGCAGCAGCAGCAGCAGCGCGCAGGUCGCGGGAGCGCGGCGGGGGUUGUAAUGAUGGGUCGGCGUGCCGCCAAGAUAGCCAAGGUGAAGGGGCGAGAGGACGCCAAGCGCGGGAAGGCUUUCGCCAGGAUCGGCAAAAAAAUCAUCAUGGCCGUGAAGGCGGGAGGGCCGAACGAGGACACCAACAAGCAGCUGGCCGACACCAUCAAGGAGGCCAAGCACAACAGCGUGCCCAAGGACAACAUCGCGAGGGCCAUCAAGCGGGCGGUCGACGGGUCUCAGGGUGACUUCAAGGAAGUAAUCUACGAGGCGUACGGACACGGGGGCACGGGGAUGGUUGUCACCGCCCUCACGGACAACGUGAACCGGGCGAUCGCAGACGUGAAGGCGGUGUGGAAAAAGCAAGGACUCAAGCAGGCCGCACAGGGGUCGGUGCUGUUCCAGUUCGAAAAGAGGGGGAGGGUGGAAGUGCAGGGGGAGGUCGACGAAGAGCAGGUGAUCGAGGCCGCGAUCGAGGCCGGGGUAGACGACGUCGAGGUGGUGGAAGGAGACCAUGAGGGGACGUCCUGGAUUCUCACGACACCAAAGGACCUCAUGACGCUGACAGGUGCCUUGAGUGAGGCAGGGAUAACGGGGGAGACCGGCCUGGCUCUGAUCCCGUCAGGACUCGCGGAUGUCGACGACGAGGCGAUGGAGCUUAACCUAGCGGCGGUAGAAGCACUGUUAGAGCUGGAGGAUGUAGACACGGUUGACCACAACAUGGCGUAG